AUGGGUGGUGACAGCGGAUCCGGUUCUGGUUCCGGUUGGGGCAGUGGAGGUGGUGACAGCGGGAUGAACCAAGGAGGCCAGUAUGGCGGCGGCGGCUCUGGCGGUCAGGGUGGCUCUUGGGGUGGCAACAACUACAACAAUCAAUACUCGUCCUGGGCAGCACCAACCACUACCUACCAAGCCCCGAGUUGCCCCAGCUGUCCGGCCCAGACCUGCCCGCCUCCUAUGAAAGAGACCAUGACCGAGACGACAACCGUAACGGCCGUGUCCCCGUGUAUGGGAAGCACCGUGACCGCCUACGUGACUCAAUGGAUGAACGCUCCCCCCGGGUGCUGGUGCGGUGCUGGCAGCCCGCCUCCUAUGGCGUCCGGGUGGGAAUGGGGAGGAAUGGGCAAUGCUGCCGUCUUCACAUCUUCCAACCCGUCCUUCACGCCUGGUCUUUCGUCGAUUCCAGCAUCGGAAGCCAUCAAGACCGGCGUGACGGUGGCUGGCGCUCCACCAGCUGCGGCACCAACUGCUGCUGUCUCUCCUGGUGGCUUCUUUGGGCAGUCAUCGAGCUCUGCGAUGACGACAUCUGGUACGGAAUCUUCUGGCCCCAGCAGCAGCGUCCCAUCUAACAUGGCCGAGCCUACUAAAACAGGAGAGGCUCCUAAGCCAGAAGGUUCGAGCUCAACUACCAGCACGAGCUCGUCGUCGGCAGCAGCAGCAGCAACAACAACAACAACAUCGUCAGCAUCAACGAAUUCCACUACCACUUCAAAAUCCUCGUCUUCGUCUUCAUCAACCACUACGACAAUUUCAUCUUCAAGUGAAUCCUCAGCAUCUGCGGAGGCAGCCUCAGCGACAAGCGGCGGGUUUCCGGUCGGCUCAUUCAAUACCAUCGAUCCUGCAACCCUUACGCUCAAAAACGCCUAUACGCUAGGUAUUGGAAGAAGAGCACCUGUACCGACUCUGUUAUCAUAG